GAGGGGCGCUGGUUAGGAUGGAGAGGUCAGAGGCCGCGGGGGCAGAAGGCGUUCCUGCCGCUGGCCUAGUCGCUAUGUAGCGGAGGGGUAGGCGCCCUCUUCCACGUUCUGGAAGGUUCUUGGGCUCGACUAGGGCAGUAGCCCCAGGACUUCUAGUCCCCGGCUUCGGGUCCCUGCGGGCUGAACGGAGCCGCCACCGCCAUGUUUGGCUGCUUGGUGGCGGGGAGGCUGAAACGCCUGAAAUUUAAGCGUGAGCUAUACCUGUGAUGACCCCAGAAGGAUGUGAGCAGCAAGUUUCCUUAACCUUCCUUGAUGAAUUGUUAGGUGCAAACAGCUGCACAGCAAGUGGCAGAGGAUAAAUUUGUUUUUGAUUUGCCUGAUUAUGAAAAUAUCAACCAUGUUGUGGUUUUUAUGCUGGGAACAGUCCCAUUUCCUGAGGGAAUGGGAGGAUCUGUCUACUUUUCCUAUCCUGAUUCAAAUGGAAUGCCAGUAUGGCAACUCCUAGGAUUUGUCACGAAUGGGAAACCAAGUGCCAUCUUCAAAAUUUCAGGUCUUAAAUCUGGAGAAGGAAGCCAACACCCUUUUGGAGCCAUGAAUAUUGUCCGAACUCCAUCUGUUGCUCAGAUUGGAAUUUCAGUGGAAUUAUUGGACAGCCUGGCUCAGCAGACUCCUGUAGGUAAUGCUGCUGUAUCUUCAGUUGACUCAUUCACUCAGUUCACACAGAAGAUGUUGGACAACUUCUACAAUUUUGCUUCAUCAUUUGCUGUCUCUCAGGCCCAGAUGACACCAAGUCCUUCUGAAAUGUUCAUUCCGGCAAAUGUGGUUCUGAAAUGGUAUGAAAACUUUCAAAGACGACUAGCACAGAACCCUCUCUUUUGGAAAACAUAAUUUGAAUAAAAUAAUUUUUAAUGGAUUCUGAAAUUUGUCAUGUUUUGAAGAUAAUGACUCUGUUUGAAAGCAUGAAGUCAAAAGCAUCAUGAAGCCUAAGUUUAAAAACUGCUUAGUGACUAUGAAGCGUAAUUAAAAUCUUUAUAAAAAAUUAAAAACAUUGGUAAAUGAAAAUAUGUUCAUCAUUAAUGACUUUUUUCCCUUAAACUGGACUGAAAAUAUUCAGAGGCAAAACAUUUUGUUUUGGCUAUGAUUCAUUUUUUACUUAAAAAUAAAGCAUAUUCACAAUAGUGUGCCAAA